AUGGCCCACAGCACUGUGGCCAGCCCGGACACAUGCUUGGUCACUAGGCUGUGGAACAUAACAGAGCCCUUGCUCCAGAAACACGGACCACCUGACAGGAGCGUGGACACAGGAGGUGGGGUGACAUGGUGCCUCACAGAAGAGAAAAAGCCAGAAGGGCGGCAAGUGGGCGCAAAGUUCUCAGCUUUGCUAGUCAUCAAGAAAACGCAAACUAAAACCAACGUAAGUGUGAGGGUUACUACUGAGUGUCAACUUGACUGGACUGAAGGAUGCAGUACUGUUCCUGGGAGCAUCUUGAGGGAGCUGCCAAAGGAGAUUCACAUUGAGUCAGUGGACGGGGAGAGGCAGAGCCCCCCUCCAUCUGGG